CGCCGGGCAGCGGGGGCCGAGGCGGAAGGCGGCCCAGAUGCAGCUGCUUCUCCAGGGCCGACAUGACAGCUGGGGACGCGCCGGGAACACCGGGAACACCGGGACCCCCGAGCCGCCCCCGCCGCCCCGCCCCGCCUCGCCGGAAGCGGCUCCCCCAACAGCGCCGCCGCGCGGCACCGAGGGCGCCGCCGCACGGCACCACGGGAAACGUAGUCCGCGCCGCCGCAGCGCCCUGCGGGCCGCGGGGCAGCACGGGAGCUGUAGUCCCCGCCGCGGCGGCGGUUGCCGGGCGGGAGGCGCGGGCGGGAUGCGGCCGAGGGAAGGUCCCGGCGACCCCGCCGCCGCCAGCCUGCCGCCGCUGGUGCGGGGCCCGGCGCGCUGCUUCCUGCGCUGCACCGUGCCCCGCGUGCUGUGGGCGGCCCCGCAGCCGCCCGCCGUGGUGCGGCUGCGCUGGUGGGGGGAGAGCUCCGGCGGCACCGUGCUGCAGCCCGCCGGGCGGGCCGGGCAGCCCGCGGGCACCACCAGCGCCCGCUUCGCCGUGCGCUGCGGGCCGCGGCAGCUCGCCGCCUACCUGGCAGAUAUGGGUGUUCUUGUGCUGGAGGUCCUAACCAAACGUGACCACCUGCCCCUUGGCAGAGCACAGAUCACUAAACUGUCCCAGCUCUCCCCCAGCCAUCCCAUCAAAGGCUCUUUUGCUGUGCUGUCACCAACAUCGGAUAAACUCGGAGAGCUGCAGGUGUCUCUGGUUCUAGAGCCUCUGCCAGAGCUGUAUGACUCCAGCAGCUGUGUGCCAGCCACACAAGGAGGUUCAGAUGCUGCUGCUGCUGCCCAGGGAAGCAGCAAGUGCCAGCUUCCUGCUCCAUCCCAGCAGCCCAGGCACACCCAGGUGACUGUUGAACAGGAGCCUGUUGACAGCAGCAAAGCCACAUCUCCUAGAGGAAAGGACCGUUUGCUGUACCAAGAGAACUCUGAAAACAUGAAGGACACCUUUCCUGCUCCUCAUCCCCCUGUGAUUUUGCCAGAUGAACACAUGAAAACGAGCCCUGAGAAUCAGCCCCUGUCGUUUCCUACCAGCAUCGAUCCCGAGGCACUUCCCAGAGGGAGCACACGGGUGCUUUCCGUGCACAGCCCAGCUACAAAAGACCUGCUCUCAGCUCUCCUGGAUCAAGGCAGUAAGCUCCGUGAUGCCAUGGUUGUUUCUGCAAUGAAGUCCAGCCCAGACAUGGAGAUUGAACUGAAUAAAAUGUCUCAUUUUUUAGAGAGAGAUGAUUUUAAAGCACCGACAAAGAGCCCAAAAGGCUUGAAGUCCAGUUUUCUGCCCACUCCUGAAGAUCCCCAUCACUUUGGAUCUGAAGUGUCAGGUCAGCAGUUUGACCUAGACUCUGAAGAAAGAGCAAUCCAGUUACUGUUGGGCAGUGCUGAUUUCUCCCCGGGCCAUCUUUGGGAUCGAGCAGGCUCCCUGUGGGAUUCUCUGUCCCUUGGCAGCGAGGUGUAUGACAGUGAGCUGGGUGAUCCCCAUUACGACCAGAGUCUGCUGGAGAAGCUUUUCUACACAGCUCCUAAAUCUGAUUCCAGUUUGAGCGAUUUCCUCAGUGAUGAUGAUGUUAAAUCCUCAAAAAAAGCAUCCAAGACGGAAACUCUCAAAAAAGUGGGUCCAGUGAAUCCACAGAAGGAUUUUCAUGCCUUUGAUCAGAGCGUGGCAGAAACUAAACCCAGCUGCUCUCCCACUGCUCCUCCAGAAGACCACAGAGAAGUGGCUCUUCUCACAUCCUUGGGUGCAGACAGAUUGGCAUUGCUGCAGCAAAUACACCUGGCCAGAGUCACCAUAGAAAGCCUGAAAAUCCCUCCUGAGAGCAUCCAGAUGUCCCCCAGGAGGAAAGGCUUGCUGGGGAAGCCUCCAUGGCCCAUGUCUGUUCAUAAGUGCACCUUCUUUGUGGAGUACCACUUUCCUGUGAGAGUCUCCAAGGAUGAAAAAGGACAGGUCUCCAUAGCAACAGAAGCAAUUCGAGUAGCCUCCAGUAAAAUCACAGAUGAUGUGGUGAAAUUCCAGCAGCAGUCUGUGUUCCCUGUGUGGUUUGGGGGAAGGAUGAUGGAACACUGGUGGGGCUCUGACCUGGCUUUUAAAAUCUACAUGAGGAAAAGCACACAGAAAAAGCCUGUGGCCAUUGGCUCAGCAGCACUUCAGCUCCGCAGGGUGAUUGAGGCUGAGCUGCUCAGUGUCAGCUGGGACAUACCUGUGGAAAAAGAGGGAGAUCACACACAAGUUGGGCCACUAAAGGUGUCCCUGCAGCUCGUGGCCAGCAGAAAAGCCUUGGCCAGCGCCGCUGCCAGGCCAGCCACAGCCGAGCACCCAGCCCCAGCUCACGCCACGAGGGGGGCCCAGCUGGGACUGCAGGAGCCCAGCAGGACGAGUGGAAGUGCAGAAAGCCCUCUCUGCUCCACAAGGAGCCCCGAGGACUGCCGGGGGCCGGGAACGGGCGGCAGGGAGGUCGCGCAGCUGCUGCGCCCUGUGCCAGCCCGGGAUGAGGUGACACACAUCACCCCAGCUGGGGAGGAUGGGUUACUGCUGCACGUGCUCCUGAUGGUGCCUGAUGGAAAGGACUUCAUGGCUGAAGGCUCUGGGCUCCCCAGUUCCUGCAACGUGUAUUUAAACUGCAAACUGCUCAGCACUGAGGAGGCAACAAGAUCCACUGUCGCCUGGGGCACAAGACAGCCUGCCUUUAAUUUUUGUCAGGUGAUGCCUUUUUCAUUGACUUCCAAACACUUGGAGCGGCUGAAGAACAAUGUCAUGAUUAUUGAAGCAUGGAACAAGCUGGGAAGCCCUGGCUGUGACAAAUUGCUGGGAUUAGUGAAACUCCCUCUGCAUCAGUUUUACAUCUCGUUCAAGGAUCCCAAGGUUUCCCACCUGCUCCUGCAGGCUCAGUACCCGGUGGUGGCUGUGGAUGGCCACGUGCCCGUGGUCGACGUUUUCACGGGCCGCACACGCGGCAGCCUGAGGGUCACCCUGGCAAUGGGAUCAGCUGAUCAGAUCGUGGCACUGCAGAGGCUCAAAACUGAGGAAGGAAUGGUGCCUCCAGUCACACAGCGUCCUCCCCACUCUCUGGACCAUCCAGCUACACAACCCACACUGCAGUUGGACCUAGAAGGGGAAGACCUGAUGGAGCAUGUGUUUGAGAUCCAUGUGGAGAGUGUGAAGGGACUCGCUCCCCUGCAGUCCACGGUGUGGGGAGAGGCUGACUGCUACAUCCAGUACUAUUUCCCAGUUCAGGAGGCUGGCUGUGGUGCACUGCAAGGACCUGGACUGCAUGAGGAUGGCAUCACCUUAAAGCCAUUUAGAACAGCUACCACUCUGUGUGUCCCUGAUCCCAUCUUUAAUGAUGAACAUCAUCAUUCCCUGUUGGUUCCUGCUGAUGUCCCAGUCCAGAGGCUCCUGGGCAGUGCAUUUAUGGCACCGGGAGCAGCAGGAGGAGGAAUGCAGUUUGAAGUCUGGUGCAGGUAUUAUUACCCAAAUGUCAGAGACCAGCUGGUUGCCAAAGGGUCCUUGCCUUUGUCGCGGCUCUGUGCCAUGGUGACUCUGCAGCACCGCGAGGAAAUAGGGAUUCAAACUUUUAGUCUUCCCUUGGUCCCCCGGAGUGAUUCCUUAGAGGAAUUUCAUCUGCGGUCUUCAGGUUUGCUCGAUGUGAGUGUGAGGUACCAGCAAUCCCUGAAAACAGCAGCUGGAAUAACUGCUCAAGCUGUUUCUCUUUCUGUACAAGUACACAGGGCAGCUGGUUUGCAGGCAGCAGCCAGGGCUGUGGCACAGAAGAACCCCUCUGUGCAGUACUCUGCAGGGGUGGGAGUGAACGCCUACGUGUGCGUGCUGCCGUCCUUCCUGCCCGCGGCGCAGGCGCGCAGCACGCGGGCUGUGCCCUGCUCCUUCUGCCCGGAGUUUGACCAUCGCCUGCAGUUCCUCUGUCAUCUCAUCACCCAGAAAAGCAGUGGGGAAGCCUCUUCUCUGGGGGAACUCUUGCAGUCUGGCAGUAUUUUUUUCUCCAUCUACCAUCAGAGCACCAAGUCAGCCACUGACAAGUUGGCUGACAGAACAUCCAGAGAUUAUCUUCUCGGGACAGUCACGAUCCCAACCAGAGACCUGCUGACAAGGAGAUCAGGUGUUUCAGGCUGGUUCCCAGUGACCCUCUCCGAGGACCCGCUGCCUCCACACCGCACGAACACCGUGCAGGCCAUUGUGGGGGGGCUGGAGCUCUCUGUGGCCUUCGCCCAUCACGGUGACAGGGAGCGUGUUUUGGAGGCUGCCAGGCUCCUGGGGUGGAGCAGCGAGGAGCUCCCUGAGGACAGCGAGGACGGCAGCGGGGACUGGGAGCAGAGUGCCGGCCCGGUGGCUGUGACCAUCUCCACGCCACGGGUGUGGCUGCCACUCCACUGCGUGCUGCUCACGGGCCAGGCACACCUGCACAGGAGCACUUACUGCUACCUCAGGUACAAACUGUACAACCAGGAGGCCACCUGGACGUGGCUGAGGCGGCCCAAACUGAGCGACGACGCGCAGAGCGUCACGGUGAGCUUCAGGAAACCCAACAAGGUGACUCUCAGAAGGAGCCAGGGUCUGCUGUGGUUCUUCAGAGAGGAGAAGUUAGAAAUCCAGGUGUGGUGGGCAUAUGGCAAGGAGAAUGAGGUGGAAAGACCCCUUGACACAGAUCGUCUCAUUGGAUCUGCCUACGUCGACCUGGCAGCGUUAGCAGAGAGAUCCAGGAGAACGCUGAGUGUCAGUGGCGUUUAUCCCUUGUUCAGAUGCAAUGCUGCAGACCUGGCAGGAGCCGCCGUGCGCGUUCACGUCAGCCUCGCCCCCGCUCCCCCUGCCCUGCCCAGGCCUCCCUGUGCCGAGGAGUGCAGCAGCAGUGAGGGUGAGGGCACAGGGGAGAGCCCUGCUCUGAGCCAGCAGGUCUCUGACAAACAGCAGGUGGAUGUUGAAAGCUCAGGGAUCAGCAAUGGCCAGCCGCAGGAGGAAGACGCCAUGUUUCUGGAAAACACGGUUGCUGUCAAUAUCCUUGUGGAGAGAGCAAUGCACCUAAGUUUAAAAGGAAGUCCCUUGACAGAACGUGAAGUGGCAGCCCCCAGCAGCUGUGUGUCAUUUGCUGUUGCUGGAGCAGAUGCUCCAGUAACCACUCCGGUGGUAGGAAAUACAGACUCACCAGUCUGGGACUUCCAGCAGCAAGCAAGAUUAUCCAAAGAGCUUCUCCUGGAUCCACAGCAAACCUUGGUCUUCAAAGUGUGGCAUAAAGCAGAGUCGGAGCGAGUGAUAGGAUUCGCAUCCGUGGACCUUUCUCCUCUCCUGUCUGGCUUCCAGCUGGUGUGUGGCUGGUACAACAUCACCGACUUCAGCGGGCAGUGCCGAGGGCAGAUCAAAGUGGCCGUGUCCCCUCUCCAAAAUAUAAAUAGUCUCAAAGAAGAAAGGCAGGCCAGGGCCCGCAGCCAGCCGGAAAGUUCUUCUGUGAAGGUCAGCUUUCCAGCAUGUCCUAGUAAUUCUGCAAACUUGUCCAAGCAGAUGUUGAAUUCCCUGUCAAAGGAAGUCAGCGUUCCUGCUCGAGAGCACAGGAUUGGCCCUCCUGGCACACAGACGCCCCGGCACGAGGAGCACAUGCAGAACGUGCGGCGAUUCCACGAGUCCCUGCAGCGGGCGGAGGGGAGCACGCAGCGAUCCCAUGAAUCCCUGCAGUGGGCAGACGGGAAUGGGAAUGCGUGGCGAUUCCAUGAAUCCCUGCAGCAGAUGGAGGGGAACACGCAGCGAUUCCAUGAAUCCCUGCAGCGGGCAGGCGGGAAUGGGAACGCACAGCGCUCUGCCCAGCGGGACGCGGCACCGCCAUCCUCGCGCGCCGCGCUGCUCACGGCGCUCAGAAAGAACUUGAGCGAGCUGGAUGAGGUUCAAAAAUACUUCAGUGAGAAGCUGACCAGGUCUUUCCCCGACUUCAGCACAUCCAGACCAGGCCAUGAGGAGUGGGAGAGUGACCGUCAGGGCUCCAUGAGCAGAGAAGGGGAUCCCAAAGGCUGCCAUCUUUUGGAAAAAUCUAGUCAGUUGGUGUCUCAGGUCAGCAGCCUAAUCAAUGACUUGCAGAUUAUAACUAAGAAUAGCAAGGAAGCUUCUGAGGUGCAUCAGGAGAGCAGCAGGAAGCCGGGUGCCUUGGAUGUCCCCACCUGGAAGGAGGAAGGAGCCAGACCUGAAGCUCCUGAAGGGCAGCUGGAGGUGCCAGGUGUGCCAGCUGGGGAUGCCAGCAUUCCCAGUGACACGCAGCAGCCGUGCCGUGCUGGCAGACCCGUGUUUGAGAGACACAUGUUGCACCAGCUCCUGGGCCACAUUGUCCCUGGAGAUGAGCAUCCAGUGGGUGUUGUCCAGGAAAACGAAGAUGCUUUUGCCAUCCAGCCACACAGCGAGGAGGAAUAUGAAGAGGAUGUAAUAGAACCACGAACUCUAAAUGAAAUAACAACCAUGACAGACAGGACAAGCCCCUGGUCCAGCAUGAUCUCCGAAACAGGGCAGGGGGCUGAGCUGCACCCUCUGGACACCAGGCCUGAAGAGCAGCACUCCACAGGUGUGGGUUGUUUCCAAGGAGGGAACAGCAGCACCUUGUCCAGCAUGCUGCAAGGGGACAGCCAGAGCGUGCUCUGCGCCCUGAGCCCGCCCUUGAGCCCCCACACGGGUGGGAACAGCCCCUGGGCAGCAGCAGGAGACUUCCAGACCUUCCACAGCAGCACAAGAACGGCAGCAGGAGACUUCCAGAGCUUCCACAGCACAGGAACAGCAGCAGGAGACUUCCAGAGCUUCCACAGCACAGGAACAGCAGCAGGAGACUUCCAGAGCUUCCACAGCACAGGAACAGCAGCAGGAGGCUUCCAGAGCUUCCACAGCAGCACGGGAACAGCAGAGAAGGAGCUGCCUCUGGCAGCUGAGCAGAGCCUCUGGAGCAAAGCACUGAGCACUGAACCCAUAAAGAAAAGCGUGGAGCUCCAGGCAGGCUCCAAGGAACUGCUGCCAUCCCCAGGAGAAAUGGGUUUGACCAAUCAAAAAGCCACUGAGAGAGAGGAGGAGGCAGAUGCUGAGACUGUAAAUGGAGAUCAUCAAGGCAAGGAAGGAAGUGGUUCUGAUGAGAACUGUGUUCAGAGUGCAUCAGCCCAAGCUGGCUCGGAAAGAAACAGCGAGAGCUUCCCUGAUGACAGCAGUGAAGACCCAGCGGAAGGCUCAGAAAACCCCGUCCAGCAAAAAAUCACUUUAUCUGAUCCUGUUGUUGUUCCAAACUUCUUCCUUCCACCCCAGGAGAUGGAAGCCUCCAUGAGACUGCUCUGCACUUCUUCCCAUCCUUCCACCCCUCCAAAAAACAGGAGUGGAGCCGUGCCUGCAGGAAUCCCCUACCGAAGAGCAAAUCGUCCCAGGCCCAGCCCCGCACUCUCGGAGGAGGAAGCCCAAAGAAUCGCCAGGAUCUUCUCUGCUCAGCUCUCCAAGCAGGAAUAGUGCUGGCCAGAGACCCUGCCCAGCAGAGCUGCCCAAGCCGUGGCCAGCUGCGUGGGCAAAGGCAGAGCCCCCCAGUGAAGGGGAGGUGGAAGCCACAGCUUCCAGGCUCUGCUUGUAGUUUGGCUAAUUGGUUAUUUAACUGAAGUCUCCUGUUUAGAAGGGCUUAAAGCCUGUGGUCACCCACAGGGAGCUGCGUCUUGUAGGGGCAGGUCCCCAAUGAGAUGCACCCCUGUGGGUAACCCAUGACCUGUUAUCUGCUCUCCAAGUAGUCCAGGUUUUGGAUUUAUUCCUGUGAAAUGGCCCUUUCAAAAAUAGUUGGUGGGCAACACAAUUCUCUGCUUCCACAGGUGCCCCAAGUGCUUGUGUGAACACAGGCCAAGGGCACCGUAAAAUCUGGUGGGUGUACAAAAGAGGGUGACUAGAAAGAUGAGAGUUUUAUAUUUAUAUUUAAAUUAUUUUUGUACACCUUUCAGAGAACAGACUUUGAUGCCAGCAGAGCUCAGUUAUUUUUGUACUGCUCUCUCCAGUUGGUUUCAAUAAAAUUCCCCUGGUUUCUUGUCAGCCUA